GAAGAAGAAGAAGAAGAAGAAACAGAAGAAUCUAAUAACCUUGAUAAUAAUAAUAAUGAAAAUGAUUCUAAUGGUUACAAUAAUCGAUGUAUACCAUUGUUAAUUCUGUCCACACCUUCAUCACCAUCAAGUUCAUCGUCAACAUCUAAUCAUAUUAUCGAUAGUGGUGGAUGUAUUAAUAAAAAAAUUCCAAAGAAAAAAUUCCUUUCAUUAAAUACAAAAUUAUCCAAAACGAAUGAAAAUAAAAUCAUUAUUGUGGACAAUAACAACAUCAUUUCUAGUACAAAAGAAAAAGUCACUGAAACGAUCGAUAAUAAUAUCAGUAGCCAUACAGCAACGAAUAAGAUAUUGAUCGAUAAAACCCAUCGUCAACAACAACAACAACAACAACAGCAGAAGGAAAAAAUCAAAAAACAACAACAAGAAAUAGAAAACUUUGCCGACAAAAGCCAACAACAAGAAAAAAUAGUAGUCAACAAUAAUAAAUACAUCGUUACGACGGCUGUUGAAAAUAGUGGCAAUAAAACUAUAUCUUCUGUAGCUAAGAAACGAAAAAAAGAAAUUUCAACAUCGACAUCUUGUUUAUCGGCGGCCAGUGUUGCUGCUGGUCAGCAAUCAGACAACGGUAAUAACAACAACAACAACAACAUUAUCGAAUCGAAUUUCAACAACGGUGUUUGUGUAAAGAUAGUGUCUGACACAAAUAGUUUGAAAAGUGAUUUGAAAAAAAUUGAACGAAACGAUAAUAAUAAUAAUAAAAUGGACAAUAUGGAUAAUGUUGAUUUGAUCGCUACAUAUGAUGGCCAAACACAUGAUGAUGAUUCAGUUACCAGUUUCAAUAUGACAAAUAGUAUGGAUGAGUCAAUGGAUACAUUGACUAAAAAUAUGGCCAAUAUAGGUAAUGAACAAAUCUCAUCGAAUGAUGGUGAUAAUGAACGUCCAGUCACUCCAAGCCCAGCAAAUGUACAAGGCCUUCCAUAUAAAGAACUCUGUGAACAAAUACGUCAUCAAUUGGAAUAUUAUUUUUCUUAUAAAAAUCUAUCAAAAGAUCAAUAUCUAGUAUCACAAAUGGAUGAUGAACAAUAUGUUGCCAUUUCGAUUGUAGCCAAUUUUGAUAAAAUACGUCGUCUAACAAAUGAUUUGGACUUGGUUGUUCAAGUGUUACGAUCCAGCACAGAAGUUACUGUCGAUGAGACCGGUACAAAAGUGAAACCGAAUUCAAAACGACGUGUGGUCAUAUUACGUGAUGUACCAGAUGAAGUUACACGAGAUAUGAUAUUGAAGAUUUUUGAUGAAUCUAAAUGUCCAGUCAAAUUGGAAAAAUGUGAAUCAACACAUAAUCAAUCCUAUUAUCUUUACUUCCAUGGUGAUGAAGAUGCUCAAAAAGCAAUGACUUACCUACGUGAUGAAUUGGUAUACUAUCCAUCAACACAGAUACCGAUUUUAGCCCGUAUCAAAGCCAAGCCAACUGUUCGUCAUACGAAUCCAACUAAUCCAGUAUUGGGACCUAAUAAUAAGCCCAAUUCUGUAGUCCUUGGUGCUCCUAUGUCAGUACCGCCACAUAAUGUGAUAAGUCCGAUAGGAAUUGUGACUGCUCCUAGUCCCGUUGGUUCUACCAUAUCCAGUCAUUCGGCUGCCGUUUCACCCGUAUCUAGUAUGUCUGGAUCGAUUAUUAAUCCAAGUAACCAGCAACCCAAUCAUUCGACACCAACUGUUUUAUUGCCAACAAGUGCUACUAUUCCUGGUGGACCAUCAGGAACCGCCGAAUCGACAAUAAAUGCAAUACCUUAUCCAAAUACCGCCAGUGUUUAUCCUUACAAUGUGCCUCCUUUGACAAGAGUUUACCCACCAUCACCAUUCUAUGCGACGCCAAUAAUGACAUCUAUUUCGAAUGCAUAUGAUCUGAGUACAGUGUUUGUUGCAAAUGGCUUGGCACCACAUUAUACACCAAAUAGUAAUGUAGCCACAACAGGACAUUCAGGUGGUCCAACACCACCACCCGGUAGUGUUUGCAUUCCUCAGGCAAUUUUUAUUCCGACGACAACAAAUUGUCAAAUAGUAAAUGGAAAUCAUGUUAUUGGUGCUGCUAAUAAUGGUCCUGGUUCCGCUACUGGCCCACCUGGUGUUGUUUCAGCCAACGCCAACCCUGAAUUUAAUACUGUACAAAUGGUAGCGCCUAUUUUGAAUCCAUCUGAUGGCGGAAAUCAUCGAUAUAGUUUUGGCUAUACGCCACCAUCUUCAAAUGUUGGCCAACCAUAUGCCCACCAUAAUUCUUCGUAUCAAUCUUCUUACAUGAAAUCACAUGGAUCACAAUCCCAUCAUCGUGGUGGGGGGUAUGGUGGCAACAAUGGAACAAACAUGUCCGGAAGUGGUAAACCGUACCGUGGUGGUAAUGGAUAUAAUUCCAACAAAUACAACAAUUCGGGUGGUAGUGGCGGUGGUCCAUCGUAUGGCCAACAUCAUGCCAAUUCAACUACUCAUCAUAAUUCCGCCAGUUCUCAUCAUGGAGGCAACUAUGGUGGCCAUCAUGGAUCAAAUCAUAGUCAUUAUCAUCAACAACAACAACAGCAGCAGCAACAACCACCGCCGCCGCCAUCAUCAUCAACAACAAUGACGUCUUCUGUUGGACAAAGUUCAUCUGGCAAUAACAAUAAAGGUAAUAACGUUAAUAAUACGACAACUUCCACCCAAUCAUCAUCAAGUCAAUCACAUCCGAUAACUGGAAAUACAAUCGAUACGACGAUGGGCAACAAAAUUUCAUCAUCUGCAUCUUCAUCAUCAAACAAAUCUUCAGCUGCCAAUCAUCAUCAAACAUCUAAGUCAAAUCCAUCAAUGUCUUCAUCGUCGUCGUCGUCGUCGUCAACUUAUCCCAAUAAUAACAAUAAGGUGGUGCAAUCAUCAAAUAAUCAUAAUCAUUCGAAUGCUGCUAGUUCUGAAAAUAACAACAACAAUUUUACCUCGACUUCCGUGCCACAUUCUUCAUCAUCAUCCAACUGGAACAAUAAAUCAAAUGUUGACAAAUCUUCAAUGAAAGAAGAACAACAAACAACAACACGAAAUACACAGACGACAAUUCCAAAUUCUUCAAACCGUUCGGUUAAUCAACAAGCUGUGAUCAAUAAUAAUUUGGGUCAAACCUCAACAAAUACUUCGAAUCGUAACAUGUCGUCAUCAUCAUCAUCGUCGUCGUCAAAUACGAAACAAUUAUACAAUUCUGGAAUGACUCAACAAACAUCAAAUACAAGAGCUAAUUCAUCGAAUCAGAAUUCUCCGUAUCGUUCAAAUUCUAGUGCUUCAAAAUCUAAUGAUCGUAAUAGUGGUGGCCCAAAUAAUGAUUCGUCCAACAAUCGGCCUGAAAAAUCAUCGCGAUAUCCACGUAAUAGCUCAGGUGCUGGAACUUCCGGAAAAUCUUCCUAUAAUAAUAAUCGAGGUGGUGGUGGUGGUGGUUCUGGAAGCUCAAAUCGAAGUGGCUCUGGUCAUGGCCAACAUCAGCAUAACCAUCAUCAACAUCAAUCAAAUUCAACGACAACCACCGAACAACCAUUUGAUCUGAUGGCCAAUGCAUUUCCACCAUUGCCUGGAUCAGAUGAUCAGCAGCAAACAAAUAUGGCUACCACUGUUCAAACAUUAGAAGCGACGAACAAAGAUUUGUCUGAUAUAAAUAGAACAACACCGAAUGUGCCUAAUGUAUCUGUUUCCUCUUCAUCGGAACAUCAUUCAACAUCAACGAAAAAUCAAGAAAGUAUGGCUAAUAUAGUCAAAGGUGAUAAUGUAUUAAUAACUGGUGAUCAAUCUUGUCCUCCUCUUUCUUCAUCAUCAUCUCCAUCUAUUUUUCAUGAACAUAAUGGUAACGUUGGAGCAGCAACAUCAUCAUCAUCGACGACGAUUUUAGCCGCAACAACGAUAAACAAUAGAUCCAACACAAAUACUAAUAAUAAUAAUAAUAAUAAUAAUACUGCUACUAGUCACAAUAAUCGUAAACAGCAACAGACUUCAUUUAGCAAUAUUACAAAUGGUGAAUCCAAAACGAUAAAUGGCAAUAUCGUUACUACAAUUAAAGGACCAGGCAAAUCAUCAUUAUCUACAACUAUCAAUAAUGAUAAUGUCCUUAAUAAUAUAUUGGCCAAAGAUUCUGAUUCAUGCCAUGGAUCUUCUGAACAAUCUGUGUCCACAACAACAAAUACUACAAAGCCAUCAUCAUUAAAUAAUAGUAAAAAAACAGCUAUUCAACUACAGAAUAGUACCGAAUCGAUAAAUAAUAAUAACAAUAAUUCUAUUGAUAAUGGAACAAAUGGAUAUAUCGAUAUUGAACAUUCCCAAUCAGCAAUGAGUAAAUUAACUUAUUCACAAAUAGCUAAACGUGGUAAAUUGGAUACUACCAAUACGGCCAUAAUGGGCAAUUCCAAUGUUUUUGUUGAUACAAUGAAUGAUUCAAAUAGUAAUAAUAAUAAUAAUAAUUCUCCAUUGUGUAACGUUAGUGGUGGUAAUAUGCAAUCAUCGUCAGCAUCAUUGAUUGCCACCAAUAAUAAUAUUCAUCGUUCGGCUACUAAUUUGUCAGCUUCCACAAACGCUUUGUCUACUCCCCAUGCAUUGGUGAAAUGAACGUGACAAAUAUUUUGGCUUUAAUAUCUUUAUAUAUACAAUACAUGUCAUCAUUGGUUGUGGAAUCUAUUGGAAUCUUUUGCUCAUCAUCUCAAGAAAAUGAAAAAAAAGAAAAAAAAUUUUUCAAGAAUACCAUACAUGGUUAUUUGUUUUAUUUUUUCGUACAUUGUUUUGAAAACGAUCUCUUUUGAUCUUUACACACACACACACACACACACUCAUACAAUUUUUAUCAUAGUGUUCGAGAUAUAAAGAAAAAUUUUAAUAGCAUCAUUAUCAUCAUAGUCUACUUGAAAAAAAACAAAUUCAUUACAAAUUUUGAAAAUUCUGACAAUGACCAUCCUCACCUCGUUACCACCCAACCCCAGAAAUUGCCCAUAAAUUUAAUUGAUAAAUAACUUAUAUCCACCAUUUCUUCUGUAUAUUCAAGAUAUAAAAAAAAAUUGUAAUGAAUUGAAAUGAAACUCAAAUAUCUUUUCUUUCUUUCUUUUUUGUACUCUCUCGAAUUCAUUUGAGAAAUGAUGAUGAUGAUGCAUCCUCCAUAUAUUGUGGUAUGAAAACCUUGUUUCAACAUUAUUUUUUUUUCUACAUAAUCAUAAUUCUCAUUGAACACAUCACCACCAAUACCACCACCACAAUGCAAUGCAGAUAUGUUUGUAUAACACUCAUCCAGAAUUUUUUUUUUUUUGUUCUCAAAGUCUGUCGAUAUAUUAUGAUGAUGAUAUUUAUGCAGCUUUCAUCGUUGUUUUUUUCAUCAUCAUCAUCAUCAUUUUUUUUUUGAUCAUUGAUUGACAUGAGCAUUUUCGCUCAAUGAUAAACACAACACACACACACACACACACAUACACCUACCUACCGGAAUAUAAUUCAUAUUGUAUAUGGGUUUUUUUUUGUUCUGGAUAUAAAAGAAAUUUUUUUUUUCUUCAUAUUGUGAUCAUCAUCAAAUACACA